AUGUCGAAUUGCGCAUUUGCGAUCCCCGUCGCCUCGCUUCCCAAAUGCAUCGAUCUUUGGUUCAGAUCUUCUAGCCAUGCUUCGUGUGAUGCUUGAAAAGCGCACAAACGUAUGUAUGAGAUCAAAAGGCACAGUGGCAUGUUGUGAAACGCGGAUUUACAUCAUGGAUAGACAAAGUGCAAGAAGUAGUUCGAAUUCUUCUUCUUUAUCGCUCUUCAUGGUGCUCUUAUAAGCCUAUACUCACCAGGAGAAGUCAUACGCGUUGUUGAAGUAAAAGAUGGCGUCUUCAACAGGAGAAGCGACGCUCUCGGUUGAAGCGGAAAGACCUGAAGCAUCAACAUCAUCCUCCGAAAGAAUACAGGGUGAGCAACAAGUUGUAACACGACGACCAAGAAGGGCAACGCUUGCCUGCUCAAGCAGGUCCGCAACUAUUCUCGAAGCGGUCAAUCGACUGGGGUUGCUGCGCAGGAAGUGCAGACCUGGCAUUCAGUCGCUCCGCAUACUGAUACUUGGUCCCGAUGCCACGGGCGAAGGCACCUGUAUUCCCGAGGUCGAAGCAAUUUUCGUACCCGUGGGGCUCAAUGUCCUGGCAGAAUUAGUGAGGUGUACUACCGGGGGCCGCGGCAGCGGGAGCGGCACGACAAACCACGAACCUCGACGAACAAGUUCAUGGGACCUCGUCCCUACCACUGAGCAGGACGGCACCGCGUUUCUUGAGUUGGAAAUCGCUUUCGUUGGACCCAACGUACCCCUGGCCUUGGAGAAACGAAAGCGGCACGUAAAGCCUCUCGUCUUUCAUCGCUACGACGAGACGGAGAUUGACAACACUGAUGUGGAACCCACGUCCAGAACAUCGCGCAGUUCGCCGGCCAGGAUUCCAGACGUCAAAGUCGCUAUGUGCUUCACCUGGUGUCGGGCCUUGUACCACGAACUAGAAGAUCCGCAGCGGGGCGGAUUCGACGGCUUCGAUGUGGCUUUUGCCUUCAACGCCGGCCUCUGGGGCUACAGUAGUUGGAUGGAAACCGUGCGGGCACUUCCCCCUGGCCUGCCACUGGUGGUAACCAGUUACUCGCUGGACGAAGCCGAAAGCGACCGCGACGCACUUGAUGAAGCCUUCCCUUGGCGCUGCUCUGAUGCAGAUGACACCAGCGCCGCUGCCUGGUGGAACAAUUCUGGUAGUCGUGGCAGGUGGAUUGAACGACCCUGGAUGCACGAGCAGACCAGCAACCGGCAGCGAGGUUCUUCUACACGGGUGGCCGCGUAUGGAGUCGCGCAAAGCACAAGCAGCAAAGCGGACGCAGAGAUCAGCAAACUCACAUGGCACUGGGACGUGGAAAGAAACGACAACCACGGAUCAGACGAGCGCCCCGCCGACUACGGCGAGGGAGUAGUGGGUGUUCUCCGUGACAACGCUGCCUGGCAGUGCUUUUCCAUUUCGCGGGCCUACGGAAAGUUAGAUGGAGACGAAACUACCGCUGUGCAACCCGGUGCUCGUCCUCGUGCGUCAAAUAAAACCGGAACAAGCACCACCUCUUCUCUGGGUGGCGCCUAGUUGUAAGAGGCUUGUUGUACCACGACCAUUGCGGCGACACCAGCAAACAAAACGACUGUGCAAACCUAUUCCCUUGAACCUGAGAAGCAAGAAGUUCACUGCUGACGAGUCCCACUCUCAACUGAAAAUGGACCCCACGCCCGCACGACAUGAGCGACCUGCUUUGCAACAAUUCUCUUCCGCAAUUAUCGUAGCUUUUACGUAUAGAUACGCAGGAUGAAAAUCAAAAAUGGUAUUUUUGAAGAUAGAUGGCGGCUCAUCGACUUGAUGUUCCCAGAAUGCAAAUAAU